AUGAAUCAAGAAGAAUAAGAAAUUUAGGAAAAUAAGAUUGAAGAUCUUAGAAAUAAUGAAGAAUUUUAACAAUUCUGCGAUCAUGUCUAAUAAAUUCAAGAAAACCUAAAUGAAUAUAUAACAAAAUAAUCAGGAAAUUAGAGCGAAGAAAACUAAAGGCUUCAUUUAUAACUCUAAGAGAACUUUGAAAUAAUAAAACAGAAAAUAGCUGCUCUAAGAAGAUGUGAAGUGGUUGAAGAUUAAGAGGAAUUAAAAAAAAUGAUAGAUGAAGUGACAAAAAUAGUUUAAUAGACAAAUGAACCAUUUCAAUAAAUCUAAUACGAAGGAGAUGAUUUCAAUGGAUUAGAAUUAGAAUUUACCUAACCAAAGAGAAUUAAGGGACUAAAAAAUGCACAGGAAAGAAAACAGGAAAGGAAAAGAGCUAGAAUAUAAAAAUCAAAACAAGCAUUCUAAAUAUUUAAAAAAUACAUUAUUGUUUCCUUGAUAGCAUUUUAAAAGUUUAUAAAAGACCCAGAAAACAUAGCCAAAUUAUUUGUGAUAGCUGUGAGUUGUUUUUUUGUGAGUUCAUUUUUGCAAAUCCCAGACAUGAGCAAACGACAUAGCUUAUAUAUACUUGAAUGGUUAGCUUACAAUAGAUGUGCUAGAGUUGUUUUAAUCAGUGGAUCAUUUUGUUUUGUAUCAUUAACAUGGUAUAUCAUUUUGUUGAUUUGGAUUGGAUUUAUGGGAUUGAAUGAGACUAAGGGAAAACUGAAUACGCUUAUCCAUGAGUGCAAUCCAAUACUGUAAUUAACAUUAAUGUUUAUGACUGAUAACGACUUGAUAAACAAUAAAUUGGAUCUUGCCAUUUGGUUUUGUUACUUAUUUCAAUACUCUACUUAUAGAGUAUAUUAUAUACAUUCGGUAAACAUCAUUAAAAAGAUAUUGUCAACAUUAACAUCACAGAAUUUCAAUAGGGUGUAUCAAUUCUAAUAAAUUUACAUCUUUUCAUUAAUAAUAUUAGCAAUGAACUUCCUGAUUACAUUUUUUGGUAUUUUGAUGCUCCACAAAGUUGGAAUUUACGCACUAAGUUUAUUAUUCUAUGGUGGAGUUCAAACGUUCAUCGAAUAUUCUCAAUUAAUAUUGAUUUGUAAGAAAUUGCAAUAAAAAUAUACUUACUUUAUAAACAACAACAUAGAAUAAUUAACAGAACCUUAAUUUUAUGAAGAAAUAAUUCCAGACAUUCUUUAUUAAAUAGUAAAAUUUCUAAAUAGUUCAUAAUUGAUUGUAAAUUAUUUUAGGACAAUAAACUUUCAUAUAUUUUUACAUCUUUGGCUUUUCUAAAUAUUUUCAGAUUUACAAAGUUCAUUGUCAUCCCUGAAAAAGAAUAUAGAUUAGUUAAUAAAAUAUAAAAGAAUCCAGUAACAUUUAGAUUCCUUAUUUCCAAGAGUCUUGGAUAUUCAAGAGGAUGAAAUAUGCAUAAUAUGUCAUGAAGAAUUGAUCUUAGCUAGAUCUUUGCCUUGCCAACAUAAGUUUCAUUUAAAGUGUUUGUUUGGAUGGCUGAAGGCUCAAUAGCAAUGCCCAAUUUGCAGAGCAGAAGUUCCAAUUGAAUUGGAAUAACCAUAAUAGAUCUUUAGUAAGAUACUUAGUUUCUUAACACAAUUUAAUAUUUCAAAUUUCGCAUUUUUAUUCUACGUCAAUAGUGGAAGACAGUAAGACUUGUAAUUGACAGAAUGGGAGGAACAGGCUUUAUUAGGAUAGGAAUUAUUACAAUAACAGCAACAAUUACAAUAAUAAUAAAGAGACUAAGAAUAAAUGUAAUAAUUACAAUAGGAAAGGUAAUAACUAUAAUAAUAACUACAAUACUAAUAAUAGUUUUUAUAGUAAUAAUAAAUCUUACUUCAAUAAUAGUAAUAUUAGCAGCAAUAAUAAUAAACUUAAGACUAGAAAUAAAUUAGUGAAAUUACAGAGAAUCCUGAAAAUGUUAUAAAAUAAAAUCCAGGUUAGGAAUCAUAAGAAGAUAAAUAAUUUAUUUAAGAUGCUUUUGAAAAGAGAGACCCAAUAGUUUAAUAUAAUUAGGAAUAGGAGGAAAAGGAAAAAGUAGAUUAAGAAGAAGGAGAGUAAAAUAGAGAGUAACAAAUAGAGUAAGAAGGAGAUUAAGAUAAAGAUUAAGAAGGUGAUUAAAAUUAAGAGUAAAAAUAAGAAGGUGAUUAAGAUAAAGAGUAAAAAUAAGAAGGUGAUUAAGAUAAAGAGUAAAAGUAUGAGGGGGAUUAAGAUAAAGAGUAAAAAUAAGAAGGGGAUUAAGAUAAAGAGUUAAAGGGAGAGUAAAAUGAAGAGUAAAAUUAACUCAAAGAGAAUUAAGAAGAAUAAUAAUUGAUUAAUUAAAACAAAGAACUAGAAAAAUAGUAAGAAGUUAAAGUAUUUGAAAAUCAAAGUUAAGAAACAGAGCAGAUUAUAUAAAAAGAAAUUGAAAAUGUUGAUUUUACUGAAUGA